AAUCAAUCCGCCGUGCAGGGUUUCCGUGCUCGUCCACUUCUUCCAGCACGUACUGAGGCGUUUUACCGUUACGAGGGAAGCCUUACCACCCCCAAUUGCGAUGAGGCCGUCAUAUGGACUGUUCUUGCAGAGCCGAUCACAAUAACACGAUCACAGGUCAGCACCGUACGACUUUUAGAAGUU